AUGGCAUCUCGCUUGCCUGAUCUCAGUCUACCUCCGCACCCGAACAACUCUCCCCUGGGCAUCGAAUUCGGCGGCGCUGACCACUUGCAAACGCCGCGAUCGCGCACACAGCGUUGGGUGCAAUUGCCACAGCGUGACGAUCACGCAGAGCGGUGGAGCGACGAAUCUGUCCGAAGCCAGUCUGACGGGGAAGACGGGAGACCAAGAGGGCUGUCGGAGCAUAAGCAACGGCGGCUACGACACAAGGCGCGUGAGGAGAACAGAACUUUGGACCAGCAGAGCUUCUGGGAUACUCUGCGAGAGGGCCGGGAGGAAGACAUGUCGAGUUUGUUUGCAAGUAGAUGGGCGGCGACGCCUGAGCCGGUGGCCGAUCAUCCCUUGAAGCCGCCGGACAGUGCGGAGAAGCAGCAUGUCGAAGAGGACAAAGAGAGCCAGCCAAACGAGUUGUUGUCAUCGCGGAGGGCUGCCACUCCGCCGGCGGAGAAGAAGGAUCCUAUGCAGGCGGUGGGAGAGAGCGUGCACUCCCGCAAGACUUCUGAUGCCGCGCCAAAGGGCGUCAUGGCGUCACGGUGGGCAGAUACGCCAGAGCCUCAGGAGCAGGAGCAGAAUCUGGCAGAGCAGGUCUCGGCAGCGCCGCAGCGUUUAGAGACGCACGAUGCGGACGAAGCGUCAAAGUCAAAGGUACCAGAGUGGCGGCGAGAUGCACCAGCUAUCAAGGCGGACACGGCACGCGAUAGUAUCCCAGACAUUCUGCGUCCAGGCGCUAGAGCUGUGCAAAAGCAGACCUCACCUCAGCCAGAACCUGCGCCUUCACUUGCGGCUGGUUCUGAGCCUGUGGUGUCGCCCAGAAAGCUGGAGCCACCCCGACUAAAGAAGCGAGUGAGUUGGCGGGGAAAGAAUAUUGUGAUUUCCAUUCCUCGUUUCGACUACAGAGUAAUGGGCUUGGUGCAGCCGAUGAGCAGGGAGCAAGUCGAAGAGCGCAUGAAGCACUUCGAGGACGCGGGCUACAAUACCAACGGUUACGAUCUGCUGGACGAGCACAUAGGGAGCGAUGGUCCCGCUCAAGUGAGAGCUAUCUACCCAGAUGAGCGCGAAGCACGGUUCCUACCACCGCGAAACCAAAUCAAGGUCGUGUUACCGGACCUGGAGCGAUGGAAGGCCUACGAGAAUUUCCUUGUGGAGCAGAAGCUGGCUGCAUUGGGAGUUGACUUGGGCUUCGAUGAACCGCCAGCACCUCUGCCACCACAGCAGCAACCGCAUUCAGCUGCACAAGACAUGUCGCGUCAGUCCUCUGCCCAGUAUCCGCCGCUGCCAUUCUCGCCGCCGAUUCCCUCUGCUUCCGCAGGCAGCAUGGGUCGUCCGCCGAUGAUGCGCGGCCACACGCAUACCAUGUCGGUCGCAUCUCCUGCUUCGCCCAUGAAUGGACCAUUUGGGCACAUGCAUCGACAUUCAACUUUUACGGGUGGUCUGGGUCUGCCGCAUUCGUUUUCUCCAGCACUGCAGCAGCUGCCGCAUUCGCCAAACUUUCAGCAGUCACAGCAGCCUUUCUCUCCCAUUCAGCAGAUCCAAAAUCCUUUCAGCCAAGCAGGUCUUCCGCAACAAUUGCAACAGCAGUUUGGCGGCUUACAGGGGCAUGUACAAAGCGGCCUGCCAGGUUUGCCACGAGGUGGAUCGCCAGCGCAGCUUGCCGCCUUGCGAAACGACCUUGGCGCCAUACGCGGACCAGGAUCCCCCUUGAGCCAGCAAGUCCUGUCCGGAACUCAGCAAUACCCUGCACAAUCUCCCGCAGAUUAUAGCAGACAGCUCGUGGACGAUCAGCGUCGCCGGCAACACGUAUACUCGCAAUCCGUGGCCGCACCAUCGAUGCCUAAUUCUUUCUUCUCGCAAGGAUCUAGUGUGCGGCCUACUCCGGCUUUGCCUGAGCUUGCUGAAGAUGACGAGGAAGAUGAAGUUCAAACGUCCGAGCUGCCUGCUUAUGUGCCGCCUCAUAAGCGUGUGCAGGCCAACACUGAGAUUGCUGUUCCCACGCCUCGAGGACACCGCCAUAACAUUAGCGAAGGGCUCGAACGAGAAAUUCUGGAGGCCGAGAAACGACAGAAAGCAGCCAGUCGCGACUGGAUUGAGGUCACCGAGGAGGAGGAAGAAAGGCCGUCAUUCAAUGCCACAUCCCAGCCAAGCGACAAGGAGAAUCAGCCGCCAUCGAAGCCGAUCGAGAAGGACCCAUUAGGAGAUCAGCCUGUGCAAGAGGCACAACACAGUCACAAGCGAAGCACAUCUCGCUUCAACGUCACUGCACCAGCUUUCAACUUUAACCCGGCUGCCGAUUUCAAACCGCAAGCGACAGAAUUCAAGCCGCCGGCGACGUUGGACUUCAACUUCAGCGCACCCACGCCUAUGCAUUCGAGGAUCAACGGGCAGACCACGAAUCACAACAGACAGCGUUCUUUAGGAUCGUUCAACGCCGCCGCACCCGCCUUCAAACCCACCACGUCCGACUUCAGCUUCUCAGCCACGGCGCCCAAGUCGGAGACAGCCAAGUACCCUAUUGGGCAAACUGUAAUUGACGAGCUCCCAAAGAUCUUUGGCAAGAUCGAGAUUCCAGAUAUAGUCAAGCCAGUCCGAAGAAACAAAGCAGUUCCUAUUGUGAAGCCAACUGAGGCGGAUGCUGGACCAGAAGAGGAACACGAGGACGAGGAAGGUCGUGUCGCACAGGGUGAAGCCAAGCGGAGGAACAAAGCACGCGACGACGGGGACUCUGUGCCUCUCUUCGCCGAGCCGACUCCCAUGCCAAGCUUCCCUGUCGUUCUCGAAGCUGACCCUGUGCCUGCCGAGAAAAUCUUGGGCUCCAAUGUGCCGAACCAGAAGACUAUGCCUACGGUGGACGAGGUCGAAGAGGAGGUCGAAGAGGAAGCCAAAGAGACCAUCCCUGAAAUCGGCGAAAAGGGCGCUCAAAUAACUUCAGCGGAAAGCAAGGGAGAACCGAGCUCCGCUGAGCUGGUACAGGAUCCAGACCAUGAAAAGAAGAAACAUGGACACAAGCACUCGACUUCUCUGUCCGCUUUCGCCAAGCCGUUUGACCCUACAGCGAGCUCAUUCAGUCCAACUGCCGCCACGUUCGAUCCGAGAGUCAAAUCUUUUGAUCCCAACGCUGCGAGUUUUGUGUUGCCUGGACCGGAGCCUGAAGCACCUGCGCGUGCACACGAGCGCCUCGAUUCUAUCAGCGAUCUUGAAGAGGGCGAAAUCAGGGAAGAUGACGACGAUGGCUCUCGAGCAGUGUCGCCAGUGCACCAAUAUUCCGCGCAAGACUUUGGUCCGAAACCAACAUUGAUGGGCCCAAGAGACUCUCAAGAGCGGAUCGGCACAGUCACUCAGGCCGAGCCUUCUUUCGAUGAGAUUGACGCAGUUAUGCAGCAUCUCAAUGCCUGGGAGUCGGAACACGAGCCAGAAGCCGCGCAUUUGCCGCAUAGUGCAAUUGAAUCUGAGCGCGAGCCCACACCUGUCCGUCUCCCACCAAAUGCCACCGAAUCCGAGCGUGAGACAAUACCGGCACGCAUGCCAAGUCCUGGUUCUCAUCCAAUGGCUGGUGUCACGUACCUGGCGGAGAGGUACCGCAGCGAUGCGCCAAGUCCGAGCCCGCUUAGGCAAGAGAGUAAUGCGACACCGCAGCUCGAAAGCGACCGGGGUCUCAACGGCUAUGCGCAUGUACGACAACUCAACAAGGCCGAAGAAAUACCCACCAGCGAUUGGUCGGACAUGGUCUCGCCGCCUGAUAUUGCUAAGCUGGAGCAGCGAAGCACAUUCUUCGAUGGCCACAUUGACAAGCUCAUCGGUCGCGCGGUAGAAAGAAGAUUGCUGCCACUCGAAGAGUCACUACGCAGUAUUUCCACGACCAUCUCACGGCGAAACAGAUCAUCUGAGCUAAAACUUGCUCGCAGCUCAUCUAAUGUGGACAGCGACGCUGACGAUGAAGAUGAACUCUCGGAUGAGCUGAAGAACAGACCCAUCUCUCGUGGUAGAGACAAGCGAGUCGACCAGAUCAAGCUCGCAGUCCUAGAAGCUUUGCGCGAACAGAGCCCAAAGCGAUCUCAGCAAGCCAUCGACAUCGCGGACCUACAUUCUGUCCUGGCUGAUAUGAAAGUUUCAUUCGCACGAGCUGCGUCAUCGAGCCUAGAGUUGGACGACAUCCGAGCCGUUGUAGAAGCCACGAUGUCCAGUCAAAGCCAGGCUGUAGUGCCGCACGAGAGCCAAGAACAUAGGCGACAGCUAUCUGAACUCGAGGGUCGCCUCAAUGAGACACUAGCUGGCGCUCUCGAAGAAGCAAAUCAAAGGCGCGCAAUUGAGGAGCAGGAGAAGGAAGCCAAGAGACAACUACGCCUCGCGGAGGAAGAGAUACAGCUAUUACGAGCCGCCGCUCGCGACGACGAAGCCAAGGUUCGAGCCAUGGAGAAAGAGCGUGAGGACCUGCUUGAUCGUUUUGACCGUGUUGACGAAGCCCGCCGGAAAGCUGAGGAGAGGUUCUCUGAUACAGAGGCAGAAAAAGAAGCACUGCAGGCCACGCUGGAGGAGUACCGCACAUCCAGCCACAAAUGGCGAGCAGACAUUGACGAAGGCAAACGCGUGCGUGAAGAGCUGGAAAGCACAAUCGCAAUGCUCACGCGUCAAGCAGAGGACUAUGAAGAAUCUACCGUCGGCAUGAAGAGGCGCCUAGAGAAGUUGCAUACUGAUAUGUCCGCUGCAGCAGGUCAGCUUUCCAGUGAGAAGGCCAUGUGGAAGUCCAGGGAAGAGGACUACAGGAGCAGAAUCGAGACAUUGGAGCACCAAAACCUCAUUGGUGCUCGUGAGCGCGCACAGCUCGAAGAUGAAUUGCGUAUUGUGCGUGCUGCUGCUAUCGAGGCUGCAGAGACGCGCAACACCGUGGAUCACGUACGUGCAUCAAACAACUCACUGGAGGAGAUGCUACGCAAAUUGCAGGGCGAGCUCUCAGAGCAGCAGGCCAUCACUGCGCGCUACGAGCGUCAGUUCUACGACGCACAAGAGUCUGGUCGCGCCGAGGUCCAUCGAACUCGCAUGGCUUACGAAGCUGAGGUCGAAGCUGCCAAUCAUCAGGUGAACGUGGUGCGCGCGGAGCUUGAAGCGGAGCUGAGCAAGACGCGUGCGGAGCUUGAGAAUGCCAAGAUGGAGAUUGAGACCAUGAAAGAGAGGCAUGAGCAUCUGCUUGAACAAGAGGACAGAGAGCGCAGAGAAGCGCUGCGAAAGGUCAAUGCCGAUAACAGUCGGGCUUUGGAUGAUGCACGACACAAGUACGAGUCGGGCAUCCAAGAGCUCACAGCACAGCAUUCCCGAGCUCUGAGGCAUGCUCUGGAAGACAAGGAUCGUGUUGAAUCGUUGCUCAAUGAACGACUGGCCUUGGCGAAUGCCCGAGCGCAGCACUAUCAAGAGCGCUGCAGCCAUCUUGAGGAAAGGGUCGAGGUGGUGCAGGAUGCCGCAAGAGCGGCAGCGCAGCAAGCAAAGGCUUCUAAAGCGGCGUCUGCGCCUGCACUGGCGAGUUCCGCUCGGUCGUCGGCCGGCUUGCCCGAGAAGAUCUCACCGCAGGCAUUGCGCGAGACGAUUCUCGUGCUUCAAGAGCAGCUGCAAGAACGAGAGACGCGCAUCGAACGACUGGAAGCUGACUUGGAAGAGGAGGGCGUGCAGAAGGUCAAGGCUCGCGACGCUGAAAUUGCUUGGCUGCGCGAGCUUCUUUCAGUGCGCGGAGACGAGCUCCACGAGCUUGCAAACACGCUUCAGAAGCCAAACUUCGACCGUCGUCGCGUCCAAGACAUCGCCAUCCGCAUACGCACGAAUUUGCAGAUGGAACACGAGGAGAAGGAACGUUUCGGGCGCAACUCGAACCAGUCCGUGACCGGGCAGGCCACGGCCUUGCUGUCCAGUUUCGCGACCCCACAAGCCGCGAAAUUGACCUCUGCCUUUGGCAAAUGGCGUGCGUCCAUGGAAAGCUCUGCGUUGAAGAAUGCCCCGCGCGCUCCUGCCUCACGAUCCGGCACACCAUCUAAGGCAACCGCUCCUUCCCUCCCCUCCCUCCCGAAGGCUUUCCAAUCUGGGCUGAUGACGCCACCGGCCAGCAACAUCAGAAGUUCACCUGAUCCUUCAGCCAUGCACACCCUACCGCCGCCAAGACUACAUACCCGCACUGGGUCGAACGGAUCCAAGAUGAGCACCGUGACAGACCGCCCUCGCAGCAGUCGCAGUCAGGCCAGCGCCGGCAGCGAGAGGCCUCGCAGCCUUCGCACGGGAUCUAGCACCUCUAAUGGCCCACGCACCCCUCUUUUCCGCGAGCAAAGCUACGAUCGUGACGCGGAAGAAGGAGACGCGCCAGAGCUCAAUCUUCAGCACUUGGAAGAUGAUGAUACCCUGGAUGACAUAGACGAGUCCGGCGAGGCGCCACCUGGAUUCCGAGCACCGAAGAGUCUCGAAGAGGAGAUGGGUGAGCCAAGUCCGAUCACCCCUGAAGCCCUGGCAUGACUACGUCCCCGAAAAAAGAGCGUUGUGCUUGAGUUUGCACAGACUCUGAGGCGCAUGGCUUCUGACGAGCACACAGAUUCCUCGUUGGUCGAGCGGCCGGCGGCCACAGACCGCAACAACGUUUCGAGGAUCACUACGCCACGAUCUUCUGCUUCACGAAACAGCCCCAAACCGAGAGUGACAGAGUCAUCUCCAAUAGAAGUCUCUACGACGGAUCCCAACGUGUUCCAACGACAUCCGAUGUUCAGGGGCGGCCAAUUUUCUUUUGUUAACGAAUGAGUGCUUCGCGCUCGAUGGAGGAGAGAAGAGCGACAGCUAAACCACCCUCGAUCUUUGAUUGAUAUCCGGCAUUUGAGGUGGAUUUCCUACCAGUUGGCCCAAAGAUACCCCGUGCGAUCUCAUCUAUUAUUGCUGCUGCUGUUGUUGCAUUUUGCGAUAUACCCAGACUGGAACCAUAACUCUUGAAGAUAGUUGAAAAGUAAUAGGAGGAUGUGGCAGUACAUAUGAGAAUGCAAGUGUUCGAUCU